CCGCGCGCGAGCCAAACGUAACCGAGGUCUCGUGGCGAAAUUCCCAAGAACUGACUCCCUCACCCGAAGAAUACGGGGGCGAGAGGGGGAGGGGUCGUACAACAAUACAAGUACCGCAACCUCUCCUCUCCUCCCUGAUGGAAUGCGCAGACGUUGCGAAAAACAUCUUUUUUUUUCUCUCUCUCUCUCUCUCUCUCUCCGCCGUGUCAGUUUACGCAUUUUUAUGUUUUAGGGGCCAAAGGAAGGAACGCGUACCGCGUGUUUGCGGGAGAGGAGACUCAUGUGCUUGAAGCUUCCGCACCGCAAGUGGCAAACAAGACGUCGGCGGUGACAAAGGAUCCUUUGGGACUGCGAUGCAUUGUGACGGGUCAUUUCGUGUAACAUUUUGUAUGAGAUACGACGAAGGGGACAUUUCUUGUUUUAGACAGGAAAAGUGGUUUGGUAUUUUUACAGCUAAGGGACCGGGUGAUGUGCUGUUAAAGCGAAGGGUGAGCAGCGCUAUGGCUCAGGCUGCGCUGUGACCGCUCUGCGCGCUCCCGCGGGAUGGUCGAGACGUUGAGCAUCGCCGUGAUCGGCGCUCCGGGUGUCGGCAAAACUUCCAUAAUCCGUCAGUUUAUUUAUAAUGACUUCUCAGAGGUCUACACUCCCACCAGGUCCAGGUACGUGUACCGGCCCUCGGUCAUUCUCAACGGUCACAUGUACGACCUGAAGAUUUUGGAUGUCCCGCCAAUUUCGUCUUUCCCCGCCAGCACGAGCCAGGUGCAGUUAUGCUUGACACUGGAUCAGGCGGGAAAAUGUGGACUUUCCAAAUGCUCCUUCCCCACAGAGUGGAUGGACCUGCGCUGCCGAGGGGUUCGCAAUGCCAAUGCCUACAUCUUGGUCUAUGACAUCUGCUGCGUGGAGAGCUUUGAGUACGUCAAGAUGAUACGGCAGCAGAUCAUGGAGCACCGCGCUGCUUCGUGGUACCAUGUAACGAUGAGCUGCCCUUCACAUCAGGAGGCCAGUCGUUUUCAUGCAGCCCAGGAUGUGUGUGGGAUGUUUGUCCGGGAAGGGAGUGGCAACGAGGUGACCAUCCUGGUGGUGGGCAGCAAGCGGGACCUUCAGCGACAGCGCUUCACCCCGCGGAGGGCCGUGUCUGUGCUGGUCAAGAAGACGUGGAAGUGUGGCUACGUGGAAUGCUCAGCCAAGUACAACUGGCACGUGGUCCUGCUCUUCAAGGAGCUGCUCGGCAUCGCUGUGGCCCGUGGCCUGCGCCACAACCACGCCUCCAUCCGCCUGCAGGGGGCGCUGCAGCGCAACCGCUGCUCCAUCAUGUGACCUCAGGCCCCUCCCCUGUUGCUUACAGGACCGUGUGAUGCUCUGCUUCUGGACCCCGUCAAUCAGAAUGGCUGGAAAACACCUAGAGGCCUCACUGUAUUUAUGCUGUAUUUUGACUGUCUUUCAGGAUUGGUGCGUUGAGCCCCUUUGAACAGUGUCACGCACUUAAGAACCGCUGGACCUCGGCAACCUGUGAAAUCUCUUGUUUGGCAGCAUCUCAGAGAGAGUGCGUCACUUCCUCUUCCUGCUGCUCAUUUUGUGUCAGGGAGCCACGAGCAUAAUGGGUACAUAGGGAGCCACACCAGCGUCCCACCGCAGGUGUCCAGCCCUUACCUUUCUGCUGCAGAUUGCCUACACAAAACACACACCUGGUAGCAUCAGGUGUGGCACCUAUGCUGGGCUUUGUUCAGACUAGUUGCUAGGCAGCAGCUGCUGGGAAGCUGAGACUUUCAAAAUGGGGUUUGAGUGGGAAUACAUGCUGGAGGAAACAUCAAAAAGAAACACUGCUAAAAUAGUGCAUGCUUCUUGUGGGAGAUCCCUAGUCCUCUUUCCUUUUUGUCUGUAGGUUUUGUACACUUUCUGCUUCUUUUGUUCCACAUUACAUGAGCAUUACUUUUGGAAUUGUGGCCCUAUGAGGCCUUAUUAUGCCGAGGAAACAUUUCAGGUUUUCUCCUAGCUGAUGCUCAUCCGGUCAAUUGCUCUUGUGUUUCACUGAAGUCUUCCUUGUGCAACAAAAUAAGACCCAGACACAGGGUCAGAGAAACAGGUAAGGAGUCUGUGGAAACAGGAAGAAGGUGCACUUCCACCUGGAUCCAGACUGGCUGCUCAGCGCUCAGCCAGAUGAGGUCUGUGAGCGGAAAGCUCGAUGUAGUGGACAGCAGGAGGGACAUGAUGUU